GCGGAAAGGAGGAACUCGAAGGAUAAUAACUAAUAAUGAUAAUGAUGCGUCAUUCAUUGAACGCUCAAGAAGAAGAAUUCACGCUUAGCACGGCAUGAGCUUUGUAAACAAACGCAUUUAACGCAAACAUGAAGGAAAUAUUCCAUAAUCUUGAGAGGAAGUAUCUUUAUUCGGAAUUCGACGCCAGGCUGCCUGAAAGUGUUCCAGACGAUAAAGGAGGAUGGCUAAAUGUAGCAAAACUUGUUGCAUCUGGCAGCUACGUUAUCGCUUUAAAAGAAAAGGAAUGUCAAGAAGCUCUGGGCAUCAAUAAAGAGAGUCCUUCUGCUGGUAUGUCAGUUCCAGAUCAUUAUAAACAAGCUAUCCUAUGUUAUUUGAGUGAAGGUGGGCCACAUAGAGAGCAUGUUGUUCUCUGUAUCGGUAUCUGUUGUCUUCAGUUAUUUACUCAGAACAACUUUACAGGACCUUUAAUUGGUCCUGAACCAGACACACUUUUACCUGGUUUGAUACCAGAAAGUCACACUAGUGAGAGUGUGAAAGAGAUUGCAUUAGAAUCCCUAGUUGGUGAUGCAGAGGGUGUAUACAACUUACUCAGCUGUCCAGAGUAUUUGGUGUUAGCUCGUCUUAUUCUUAUAGACUUAAAAACUACUUUGUCUACGUGCUUAACUGCUGAUUGGUGGUGUUUCCGCUGUGCUCUGGUUCAUCAGCGAAUUGUAGAUGAGAAAUCACCCCAGUUAUAUGAAAUAAUUUUGCAAUCGUUAAAUCAAGUAGAAAAUAAUUCACAGUUAGUGAGCACCAGUGUGUCGAGAGAUUUGACUGCUUUGUAUCAUCUUGAGGCAGGUCAUCUACAUCUUGAAUUCUAUGAUGUUGGAAGAGCUGGUGAUCAUUUUCGAAAGGCAAGUGAUGCCUUACAGGUCAAAUUAAGCUUGAGUGGAGCCCUUGGGAAGAGAACUAAAUGGCAGGAGGAGGACAGGCCACAGUUAAUUGUGAAAGUUGCAUACAAUGAUCACUCUAUAAUGAACAGUGAACUCCCUGGCCAUAACCUUCUCCCUACAGAUCUACCAAAAGACAUCAUGCUUAACGAUGAUACACGUCUCCCAAGGUUCAAGUUUAAAGAUGAAGAUGAUGACAUCAUACCAGAUUUGAGGCCUAUUGAACAGGCCCUCAUCCUGGCUAUGGUUACUCACAAACGCCGAUCUUCAGCUGCUGAUUUACAACUUGACGAGGAAACUAAAGCUUAUGUGGCAGCUCUCCUUCAGUAUCCAAAGAACUGGUGCUUUCAGCAUUCAGCACUGUUACUGCGUUCACAAAUAGAAGCAGUUGAAUCAAGAGCAGUGCAGCGAUGCCUAACCCAAGUAGAGGAGUUGAUUGGUGCUGUAAAUAGAGAAGAACCAUCUAGGUAUGAAAGGCUAAAACUGCUAGGUACAUCACUCAUAUUGCCCCACUGGGAAUUACAGCAAGAACUUGCCAAGAUAUUGAUGCGACUUGGCUGUGUUAAAACAGCUUUGGAAAUUUUUGAAAGACUUCAUUUAUGGGAAGAUGUAAUUACCUGUUACAAUGAAUUGCAGAUGCGACAGCGUUCAGCAGAAAUUGUGAGAACUCAGCUGGAAAAGAAGGAAACUCCAAAGUUGUGGUGUCUGUUGGGUGAUGCAACAGAUGAUAAAGAGUGUUAUAUGAAAGCAUGGGAAUUAUCAGGACACAAGAGUGGUAAAUCUCAGAGGUGCUUGGGUAAUUAUUACUAUGUGCGAAAAGAUUAUAAAAAUGCCAUUUUGCACUAUGAAAUGAGCCUUGAAAUUAAUCGUUUACAGUUUCCCGUGUGGCAGAGAUUAGCUUAUUGUGCCUUACAAACUGAAGAUUGGGAGAAAUGUGCCCAAGCUUAUAGACGUUGUAGUGUGCUUGAACCAGACAGCUUUGAAGUUUGGAACAAUAUGAGUCAGGCAUAUUUGAAACUGGAUCAGAAGCAUCGGGCAUGGAAAUCUUUACAGGAAGCUUUACGAUGUAGAAUGGAUUCCUGGAGGCUUUGGGACAAUUUUAUGCUUGUCAGUACUUCACUUGGUUACAUGUCUCAAGCUCUUAAUGCGUACAAUCGCAUUCUAACAAUGAAAGAACGUCAUGUUGAUACUCAGAUAAUAGGUCGUAUUGUCAAGGCUAUUGUUGAUGGUGAUAGUGAUCCAGAUGGAAGAGAGGUUAAAGGACUCUAUAAGAAGUGCUCUGAGCUGUUGGGCCGAUUGACAAGUGAAGUACCAACCCAUCCAGAAUUAUGGUAUCUGUAUGGUCUGCUAACACAAGCCAAUCCUGAACCUAGUCCUGAGACACGGUUCAUGGCCAUGCAACAGUUUAAAAAGGCUUUAGCAGCAUCAACUCAGAAGCAAGGUUGGGAAAAAGAUACUCUCACUGCUGUAGCAUCCCUUCAUCGAGCCUCCUACUUAUUAGAUGCAACUUUAGAUGCUGUUAAGGGACUUCCUCCAAAAGUAGCUGUUCCAAAUUUGAGUGCUACAAGAAUGUCAGUACAAGGGGCUAUUGUUGCCACACGUCGUGGACAGGUUCAAGUGGCCACAGGAGAGUUAGUUGAACAAGUGCAAGAACCAUUGAAGAAUGUUGAGAAUAAAUUGACUUUGCUGAUGAAAAAGUUAGAGGAACUCAAAUUGGAAGUAUAAAGUACAGUCAUUUUCCUGUAAACUGAUGGGAAAAUGUUUCCAGUGUAUUAUAUCAUAACAUUAAGUGGAGCUUUUGUGAUUGUGAUAAGUUGAAUCCAUUGCCAGAUUAAUGUGAGACUUCAAAAGACAGAUCAGCUUACAGAUUUGCAUAAGAAAGCAUAUAUAUUUCCUCCAAUAUUCCAAUCAGUUUAUGCUUUGCUUUGCAGGUGUUAGAUACAAUAUCAGGCUAAUCAACUACGUAUUAAUAAGAUAAUUUCAUUUAUCGUGUUGCAUUCCGUUUGUUCCUGUCCUUGCUUAUUCCAUGUGAUUGUGGUAUACUGUUUUUUGUUAUUUAACUGCUGUUGAAAGUGGUGCUAAUUUUCUUUGUAUUUUUCCCUUGGCUGUUAGAUGCCAUAGUGUAGGAACAGCCUUGUGACCAGCCCACUUUGAUUGGGUAGAUAGUUUCUCUCCUCAUGUAGUACUCUUUAUUUACAUGUUCAUGUAGCCAUGAGGCUUAUUAAAGGAGAAGUUUGA